AUGACGGCCACACACGCAAAAGACAUGGAUAUGGAUACCCAGAUGCAGGUGGACGAGUCGGUGGUAGGCCAUACCGAGAUCGACGAAUCCCUCUACAGCAGACAACUUUAUGUUCUAGGACAUGAGGCCAUGAAGCGCAUGGGUGCUUCGAAUGUGCUCAUUGUAGGACUCAAGGGGCUCGGUGUUGAGAUUGCGAAGAAUAUCGCUUUGGCUGGUGUCAAGAGCCUUACCCUUCAUGAUCCUGCGCCCGCAGUCAUCUCCGAUCUUUCCUCUCAAUUCUUCUUACAUCACCAAGAUGUAGGGAAGCCUAGAGCGGAAGUGACCGCACCCCGCGUUGCGGAACUGAAUGCAUAUACCCCAGUUUCCGUGCACAAAUUUUCGAGCUUGACAGAUGACCUCACUCAAUUCGAUCGAUACCAAGUCGUUGUUCUCACCAAUACCCCUCUCAAAGACCAAAUCGUUAUUGGUGACUAUUUACAUAAGAAGGGUAUCUAUCUCGUAGUUGCGGACACUUUUGGUCUCUUUGGAUCGAUCUUUUGCGACUUUGGGGACAAGUUUACAGUUCUUGACCCGACAGGCGAAGCUCCACUUAGCGGCAUUGUUGCUGGAAUUGAUGACGAAGGCUUGGUAUCCGCUUUAGACGAAACGAGACACGGCUUAGAGGAUGGGGACUACGUUACUUUCACCGAAUUAGAAGGAUUAGAAGCUUUGAACAGCGCCGACCCUCGAAAAGUCACAGUGAAGGGACCAUACACUUUCUCUAUCGGGGAUGUCACAGGACUUGGUCAAUACAAGAGGGGCGGAAUGUACCAUCAGGUUAAAAUGCCGAAGUUCAUUAGUUUCAAACCAUUGUCAGUUGGUUUGAAAGAUCCAGAACACCUCAUUUCCGAUUAUGCAAAGUUCGAUCGUCCCCAGCAGCUCCAUGUCGGAUUCCAGGCUCUUCAUGGAUUCCAAGAAUCUCAAGGUCGUCUUCCGAGACCGAUGAAUGAAGAAGAUUCCCAAGUCAUUAUUGGGUCUGCCAAAGCUUUUAUCGAAAAUGAAAAGAUGGAUAUUGAAGUGGAUGAGAAGCUGAUCGCCGAGUUAAGUUACCAAGCUCAAGGUGAUUUGAAUCCCAUGGCAGCUUUCUUCGGCGGUCUUGCAGCUCAAGAAGUAUUGAAGGCUAUUUCCGGAAAAUUCCACCCAAUCAACCAAUGGAUGUACUUUGAUUCUUUGGAGUCCCUCCCUACUAAUUUCAAACGAACCGAGGAGACAUGUAAGCCCACCAAUUCUCGAUAUGACGGUCAGAUCGCUGUAUUCGGAAAAGAAUACCAAGAUAAGCUGGCCGAUAUCAACCAGUUUUUGGUGGGUGCUGGUGCCAUUGGCUGCGAAAUGUUGAAGAAUUGGGCCAUGAUUGGUUUGGCCACUGGCCCCAAGGGUAAGAUCUUUGUCACUGACAUGGACUCUAUCGAGAAGAGCAAUCUCAAUCGCCAAUUCCUCUUCAGACCUAAAGAUGUUGGAAAAUUGAAGAGUGAAUGUGCUGCUGAGGCCGUCCAAGCAAUGAACCCUGAUCUCAAGGGGCACAUUGUCACUAUGCGUGACCGAGUUGGUCAAGAUACCGAACACAUCUUCAAUGAGGAAUUCUGGCAUGAACUUGAUGGUGUUACUAACGCCCUUGACAACGUUGAUGCUCGAACCUACGUUGACCGCCGUUGUGUCUUUUUCCGAAAGCCUUUAUUGGAGAGUGGAACAUUGGGUACUAAAUGUAACACACAAGUUGUUCUGCCUCACUUGACCGAGUCAUAUUCCAGCUCUCAAGAUCCCCCGGAACAAUCUUUCCCAAUGUGCACCCUCAGAAGUUUCCCCAACAAGAUUGAGCACACCAUUGCCUGGUCUCGAGAAUUGUUUGAGUCAUACUUCGUGAAGCCAGCGGAAACGGUCAAUCUAUAUCUCACCCAGCCAAAUUACCUCGACUCCACCCUCAAACAAGGUGGUCAAGAGAAAGCAACCCUAGAGACAAUCCUGGAAUUCUUAGUUGAGGAUAAACCAUUGAGUGUUGAAGAUUGUAUCAAAUGGGCCCGUCUACAAUUCGAAACCCAGUACAACAACAACAUUCAGCAAUUACUGUUCAACUUCCCUAAGGACUCAACCACAUCAAGCGGUACACACUUUUGGUCUGGGCCAAAACGUGCUCCAGAUUCAUUGAAGUUCGACCCCAAGAAUCAAUACCAUUGGGACUUCAUUGUUGCUGGUGCCGGUCUUCACGCUUUUAAUUAUGGCAUCAAUACCAAUGGUCUUGGCUCGAGCACCGUUCAAAAAGUCCUCGAUAACAUGAUCAUCCCCGAUUUCUCUCCAAGCUCUUCUGUCAAGAUUCAAGCUGACGACAGUGAACCAGACCCAAAUGCUGCAAAUGGCUCAUCCUUCGAUGACAGCGCUGAGCUCCAAAAUCUCACCAAUAAGCUUCCAUCGCCUAAGUCAAUGGCGGGAUUGAGACUAUCACCAGUCGAGUUUGAAAAGGAUGAUGACACGAAUCAUCACAUUGAUUUCAUCACGGCCGCCAGUAACUUACGUGCCGAAAAUUACAAAAUUGAGCUUGCCGACAGACACAAGACAAAGUUCAUUGCUGGCAAGAUCAUUCCCGCUAUUGCAACAACUACUGCUCUUGCCACUGGAUUGGUAAUAAUGGAGUUUUACAAGAUCGUUGAUGGAAAAGAUGACAUCGAGCAAUACAAGAAUGGCUUUGUCAACUUGGCCUUACCUUUCUUUGGGUUCAGUGAGCCUAUCGCUAGUCCAAAGGCUACAUAUAAGGGUCACAGUGGAGACGUCUCUAUUGACAAACUCUGGGAUCGAUUCGAGGUUGAAAACAUUACUCUUCAAGAGCUCAUCGAUGACUUCUCAAAGAAUAAAGGUCUCGACAUCAGUAUGUUGAGUUCAGGUGUCAGUCUUUUGUACGCCAGCUUCUUCCCCAAGGCAAAAUUGGCGGAUCGAAUGAAAUUGAAGCUUAGUGAUCUUGUUGAACUUAUCUCCAAGAAGCCUAUUCCAAGUCACCAAAAGGCUGUAAUCUUUGAGAUUUGUGUCGAAGAUCAAAGUGGAGAAGAUGUAGAAGUUCCUUAUAUUAUGAUGAAGCUGGGCAAUUAA